GGAGUGUACACAUAUGUACAUUUCUGAGAAACCACAUGCCUGUAACACUUGAGCAGAUGUGAGCUGACACUGGUGGCUAAUCCAUAAGCUCCCUCCCAGCAGACAAAGACCUUCAGUCCUCCACACAGUCCAGCAAUUCAUGAUCAUGUUUUUCCUUCUUUACGGUUCCAUCUUAUGGUCUGCCACCUGUGUCAGCUCCCUUCCUGCACCCUCUCGCAUCUUCAUGUCUGCCAGAGUGGGUUCUUCAGCUGUUCUGCCGUGUGACUGGAGAAACGUGUCCACCCACAGUCCUCAUGUUGAGUGGCGCACCUUUGUUGAGACGGUGUUUGAGCGAAGGGGUGGGGAGCUGUAUCAGGGUGAGGGGUAUGAAGGACGUGUGGACGUUCCUGAAGAUCACCUGCUGAAGGGGGACUGUUCACUGGAGCUGAAGAACGUCAGGCCUGAGGAUGCAGGAGUUUAUGAAAGCUUCUUGCUGGUCAGACAAACGAAGAGAUCCCUCCGUACUAAAAGAGUUUUUCUCCAAAGUGUCCAACUCUCAGUUGAUGAAACACUUGAAAAAAGUUCAUCCAAUUCAAAUGAAAAUCCAGCAGCAACAGGUGAUUCCAGAAUGAACUAUCCUCCCCCAAAGAUCAUAGUGCUACUUCCUUUCAUGGCUGCUCUUGUUCUGAGAAGGGAGUGAAAAAAGACCAGCUUGAAUUUGAACAUCUGCCUGUUCUGAGCAUGUUUCCUCCUGAUUUUUUUCUGAUCAUGGAGGAUGGAGGCCGAGGAUCCUAUAAUCCUAUAAUCGAACAACAGCUUUAUUUUUCUUUAGACGCAGAAGAGAAGGAAGAAAAGGAGGAGAAAAAGAAAGCUACCGAUAGAUGAAAUUUGGUUUUAUGUUGAGAGCACUUGAAAGCAGGGGUUGUCUUUGCAAUAGGCCAAGAUGUGCAGAUGUCUGGGGUCCCCAUGAAAAUAAAGAUAUAUUGUAUCUGAUAUUAAAAAAAAUCUAAACAAUAAACAAUAUAGGAAGUUCAACACUUAUAACUACUAUUUAUAUUACUAAACCCAUCCUCCCCUGUGGCGUUCAUUCAUUGGUUUAAAGUUACCAAUUCAAUCUGCUGCUGCUAAAGAACAAAGGAUGAAAAAAAAAGCCUGCCAUGGUUCCCCAGCGUAUUGUUUAAUUUAAUUUAUUGGUAACACUUUAUAACAAGGGUACAUGUUUAAUGAUUAAUAAUUAAUCAGAAAAUAAUGAAUGUCAUAUAUUAUAACAACCAUAAGAUUAGGUUACCAUUGACUAAUGCCUGUGCUAAUGAAUGAAGAUGAAGAUAGUCUUUCUUCAUCAGUCCAUGUGUUAAUUGGGCAUACAAAAACAAUGUUAGUACACUUCAGCCUACCGCUGGAAGCAUUCAUUGCAUUAUUCAUGCAAUUUAUACUUUUAACUCUGUCAUAUUAUAGUGUCAUUCUGUUACAACAAACAUAUAAACUGUUUAUUUAGUGUUUAUUUACCAAAAACAGGCAUUUUAUUCAUCUGUAAAUUAAACUGUGAUUUACGUCAUUAUAUGCCACUAUUAAAAAUAUGUACUGCCUUCCGAAAAAUAAAAA